UUACAUUGAAGAUUCAGUGGAGGGGGAAGUUUACUCACAAACCCAGAGCAGUUGAUUGAUAAAAUUUGUUAUGUAGUGAUUGCCGCUCUGUUCAUUUCAAGAUGCGUGAAAUUCUACUGUGCCAUAGUUAUUUUUUAGCCUUAAUAUCGGUCGUUUUAGGUAGUCUUUCUGGGCUUUAUGUUGACAAUGGGAUCGACCAAACUGUUAUUCAAAGGGACAUGACUAAUAAAGAAAAACAAGAAAUCCAGGAAGAAAUACUCAAUUUAUUAGGUUUACCAGAAAGACCGAAUAUUGAAAAAAUGUCUCAGCCAACUGUCAGCAGUUCAGCUCCUAAAUUUUUACUUGAUGUUUACAAAUCUCUUCUGAAUUCUCCUUCUGUAAGAACUACAAGAAGUGAAUUUAAUUUAAGUGACAAAGAACUACAAUCAAUUGAUGAAAGUGACAUAAUUAUUAGUUUUUCUAGUCAUAAACAGCAUUCAAACCAAUGGAAUAGAAGGAAAGGAUUUCAAUUAUGGUUUGAUGUUAGUGAAGUCUCUGUGAAUCAUGAAAUUGUUGGAGCUGAAUUAAGAAUUUACAAAGCAGCUAAUUAUUCUACUCCUAGAAGGAAUUUUGUUGUUCAUGUUUAUCUAAUUAUUGAAGAAAAUGGCAAAGAAAGAUUGAAAUUAACAGAAUCAAAAAAUGUAACCUCAGAUUAUGAAGGAUGGCUAACAUUCAAUACGACUGGUGUUCUAACAUCUUGGGUUGUUUUUCCUUAUUCUAAUAAAGGGCUUUACAUUUCUUCUACUACUCAGGAACUAGAAGAUGAAGACAUUUUUCUUGGAAACAGCAGUUCAUUAGGAGGUGACAAAGAAGAAGAAAAGAAAGCCUUUAUGGUAGCAUUUCUUAGAGGGGGUGUUACUCGUACAGAUAGUCAUGGCAGAGUCAGAAGACAAACCAGACAUCGAAGGAAAAAAGCAGAUCAUCAAAGUGAAAUUACUUAUUCUCGGAAUCCUUUCCAUGAGCAAGCUGGUGCAUGGUCUCAUUCUCAAAAAAGUUGUCAAAUUCAAAAUCUUUAUGUUAGUUUCAAAGACCUCAAAUGGCAGGAUUGGAUCAUUGCUCCUGAUGGUUAUGGUGCAUUUUAUUGCAGUGGUGAAUGUAAUUUUCCCCUCAAUGCCCAUAUGAAUGCUACCAACCAUGCUAUUGUUCAGACUUUAGUGCAUCUGAUGAAUCCUCUACAAGUUCCUAAGCCAUGCUGUGCUCCAACAAAAUUGACUCCAAUAUCAGUUUUAUAUUUUUUAGACGAAUCUAAUGUAAUUUUGAAGAAAUACAAAAAUAUGGUAGUGAAGAGUUGUGGUUGUCAUUGAGUCAUAAUGAAAUAGUUAUGUAUUUAUGUAAAAAAACAUAUAUAUUAUACAAAAACUUAAUGUAAUUAAUUAAUUUUAUAUCUUAAAACUUUGAUAUGAGUCCAUCCAUGUUUUCACGUAUGUAAAUAUAAUUUUUUAUCCAAUAUUUUUCUUAAUAAAAAUGUUGGAAAUAUAUAUUUUUAGCUACUUUAGAUAUUUUUUAUAAGUAUGAUCUGAUGUGACUGUGGAGAACCACUAUUUUUUUUUUAUUAUAGUAUAUAAAACUUGAUUUUACAGUUCAUUAAUAUAUGCAUAUGAGAGAAUUAUAAUAGAAGUGGUCUUAGAGCAACAUAAUGUAAAAGUUGAAAUUAUCACUUCUGGAAACUGUAUAAAUAAACAUCUUUACUAUUAAA